GACUCCUCUCAGAAUGAUAUAACAUGUAGAAAGCUACGGAGUUGCAAAUCGAGCGAUCUAACCUCCACCUACUUUGAGAUGCAAGUAUUCACACGGGUAAAAACCCUUGGGCUCCAAACCAGCAAGAUCAUUUUGCCGCCGCGACAAAGUGAAGUGCCGAGUAAACACCGGAGUCAGAGCCCUGCCAGGAAAUAUAAUAUCUUCAACGAUAAGCCUCAACUGCGGUUGAAUCAAUUUUGACGGGUUUCACUCACUCGAAUAGUUGUGGGUGGGCCUUAAUUUUGUAUAUUUUGAUCGAGAAACUCUAGUAGGUUUUGCCGAGCUUUUUCAACAAUUUCCAUUAUUCCUACACAAUAAUAAGAAAUCUAAAAAAUGUGCAUCUGGAUAUACACACGCUGUAUAAAGGAACGUGAGUCCGAGGACACAGUGUAUCAUCGCCCCGGGAAUCCUGAGGAUAUUCGGCCUCCAGGUUCAGGGUUUGGCGCCAGGCAUUUGCAAUGUUUCAUGGUUUUCUUGGGUACGGCAAUUGCCUACAGUCUCCGAGUGAACUUGUCUGUCGGAAUUGUAUCCAUGACAACACCCAAAGUAGAAAACGGUACGACCAUCGAGCCAGAAUUUCCGGUGCUGCCAUGGGACGGGUCGAUGAAAGGCACCAUACUCAGCUCCUUCUUCUGGGGCUACCUCCUCCUCCAGAUCCCUGCGGGCCAGCUGGCUGAAAAAUUCGGCCCUAAAGUCCUCCUCACCAUAACUAUCUUCAUCAGUGGCUUCAUCACCGCACUUACCCCGUUUGUGGCAAUCUAUGGGGGCUUCCGUUGGAUGCUUUUCACCAGAGUCGUCCUUGGAGCGGUCCAGGGAUUUCUGUACCCAUCGAUGAGUUAUUUGCUCGCAAAAUGGACUCCAACUCCUGAGAGAGGAAGACUUGUCACUUGGGUCUACAAUGGGAACAAUUUUGGUAAUUUAGUGACGAUGGCAGUUGCUGGGGUUCUGGCCGACAGCCGAUGGGGUUGGCCCUCUAUCUUCUACGUUUCCGGGGGUAUUGCCAUCUUGUGGGCCCUCGUCUACUGCUAUGUUGGCGCCAACAAUCCUCAAGACUCUCGAACAAUUUCGGAAGCUGAGCGAAAGUACAUUCUGAGCACCCUCCCUAGUAGCUCUACCGACAGAUCGGCGCAGAAAACGCCAUGGAAAGAAAUUGUGACCUCCGUCCCAAUGUGGGCUGUACUUAUAUCGCAUUUGGGUCAAAAUUGGGGUUUCUGGACACUGCUGACUCAAAUUCCGUCCUACAUUACAAAUAUGUUUGGUCUUGACAUCAAGAAGAGUGGUUAUCUGUCAGCACUUCCUUACGCAUCAAGUUUCGUGCUGGCGCUUGUGUACGCAGCCAUCGGAGAUGCGUUGAACAACAAGAAUAUUUUAACUCGAACCGCGUCCAGAAAAAUGUGGAACACCGUUGCAUUGUGGGGGCCGGCUCUCACUCUUUGUCUUUUGGCUUUCUCCGGAACACACGAAACAUUGGCCCUGUUUUUGCUUGUCUCCUCACUGGCUUUGAACAGCGCUGUCAAUCUGGGAUUCCUUUCCAAUCACAUGGAUUUGUCUCCUAAUUUUGCCGGAACCCUCAUGGGUAUCACCAAUGGACUGGCCAAUAUUACGUCAAUAGCUGGUCCUCUUUACGUGGGCUACAUAGUUACUGACCCGAAAUCGCUCGUCCAAUGGCGGAUAGUGUUCUUGACGUCUGCUGCUUUAUUCUUCGUCGGAAAUCUAAUUUUCAUUCUUUUCGGCACGGCUGAGGUUCAACCCUGGAACGCUCCUCAAGAGGAGGGAGCAAGAACUGAGACUGCAUCCAAAGAGAAGGAACAGCAGAGCAAUGCUAAGCAAAUUUUGAAUUAGAGGAAUUGUACGCAGAAGCAUUUUUCUCGUCUGUGCUUUAAAACGAUGUGAUACUGAUAGCGUUCAACGCAAUGCAUUUUUACUACGCAAUAGAUAACUAGUUUUUAAGAGACUGUAUUUUUGUCCUAUCGAAGCUCCAAGCUCAAACGAUGAUGAACAAAAUUUUGAUCUCUCAAGAUUAAUAGGAGUCAAAAGUUUAAAUUCAAUGACAACUUACAUCUGAAUUUGCGAAACUCAGACUCUUUUGACUUUCAUCUGCGGAUGGCUGCCUACGCACUUAGAGAAAAUUGAAUUCAUCCGUCGAAAUAUUAGCUUUUUUUUUAAAUUUACAUCACUAAUUUCUGUGAAUAUUUCAAAAAUUAUUUUUUUUGUGUGUUUUUAUUUAAGAGAGUAGGUUUUGAGAGAGAAUCAUAUGAUAUUCGACGGAUUAGUGCGGUUAAGGAACAUACCUACGUCGGAAUAUGUCGGCCUGAAUUCAAAACCGUGCCGCGUUUUCCAAAACCGAAACCGGGUUCAGUUGCAUGGGCUCACCUACUUGCGAAAACAUAAUAUGCUAUUCCAAGACUGCACUAAUUAGAUACUUUUUUUGCGCCGUCAGUAAUGUGCAAUGCUGAUCUAGAUUCUCACCAAACUUAAAACACGCAUUGGAAGCGGUACGAAUACAUCUUGUCUAUCAGAUAAACUUUAAACUCCAUAAACCAAGAAAUAUAUUUAUUGCUUGGAAGAGAAAGUUUUUUUCUUUCUCCAAAACUUAAAUUUUAUUUUAGAAUGCUCAGCUCUUCUCAUGUCACUGUUUGUGCUUGACACAUAAAAUAGUAUUUAUUUGUAGUAUAUAUGUAUAUACAUAAAAAAGUGUGCACGAAUUAUGGGUUAGAAGUACGCGAUACUGUACAUAGUUUAUGUAGUGAACAAAUAAGCUUCAUUGUAAUUUAUUAUAGAAAAAGGAAAAGAAAAUAAAUAAGUUAAUUACUUUUUA